UAAUGAGUAAAGGCAGUCUCGUUAUUCGGCGUGAAGCGUGAAAACUUUCCGCCUCCUAUUAUUUGUCAUUAACAUUUACCGUCUACUAAACGACAUUCUGAUUUUAUACAAGUUGUUUCGUGCUGAACAUUAAUGCGAAAUGGCAGGCCUACCUAGACGGAUAAUCAAGGAAACUCAACGUUUAAUGGCUGAACCUGUGCCAGGCAUCAGUGCAGUUCCAGAUGAACAAAAUGCUCGCUAUUUCCAUGUUGUGGUUGCAGGUCCAGAAGGCUCUCCAUUUGAAGGGGGUGUUUUCAAAUUAGAACUUUUUUUGCCAGAAGAGUAUCCCAUGUCAGCACCUAAAGUGCGCUUCAUGACAAAGAUUUAUCACCCCAACAUUGAUAAAUUAGGCCGUAUUUGCCUCGAUAUUUUGAAAGACAAAUGGAGCCCAGCUUUGCAAAUUCGGACAGUGUUGUUGUCAAUUCAAGCUUUAUUGAGUGCACCGAAUCCUGAUGAUCCGCUGGCCAACGAUGUUGCAGAGUUGUGGAAAGUCAACGAGGGAGAAGCUAUUCGUAAUGCUCGAGAAUGGACCAGAACUUAUGCUAUGGGAAACAUAUGAAAUCUGGUUCUGUGGAAGAGAAAAGAGUAAAAUUGUCAAUCGGUUGCCGAGAAAUGUGUUGAAUCUAGAUUAUUUUGCUUUCUUUUGUUCCUCGCCCAUCAGCUUUUAUUUGCUGGUUGUCCUCUCCCUUUAAUUGGCUGAAUUGUCUUCUGGUGGUGAUCACGCAGCCAGAAAAAAGAAAAAUUGCUCGUUCUUAUAAUCCCACUUCUUUUGUUUGCCCGUCAACAGUUCUAUCGACGUCUCAUUCCAAUUCGCGCGCCGUAAAAAAUGAUCGUCGAUAGCAUUUUCUUUUUACCGUUUUAGUACUACGAGUACCUCAAAAAGGAAACUAAAGAAAAACAAUAAUAAAUGCGUCACCCGUGGAA